AUGGGGUCGUCCAUGAAGGAACAUCUCCACCGAAGUUAUCCACCUAGGAAACCAACUUCAAUUCUGGCGUCACCACCGUCAUUAGCCCGGAUUUUCAGGCUUCGAGUCACUCUUUUUGGCGGACUGCUCCACAAUCCAAAGGCCGCGGUUGUGUGGCAAGAACAUCGGUUUCAAAUGAGCAUCGAGCUUAGACUGCUGAGGCGUGUUUCAACGCGGUUUAGCCCCGCCAGGAUCCUGGAAGCUGAGAUGCCUGCAAUGCCUAGGGCGUUUGAUACUAGUGCAAUUUGCGUGUCCUCGCUGAAAGUUGUGAAAUCGGCUAUCUCGUCGACCCUGCUUCAAUAUGAAGGGUGUACUGAGACUGGUUCCUUGGCUCUGACAAUGCAGAAAUUGACUACGGAGUACCACUGUCUUGAACCUAAAUUUAGACACGAGAGGCUCCGUCAGUACCCCUUCCGGAAAUUCUGA